AUGAUCAAGCACAAAAAGAAAAAGGAUUUCCCCUUGGGGUACCCUGAGGCACAACCCUGUCCACUGGCAUGGGACAUGAUCCUCCGAUACUUAAAACCCACAGAGAAGGUGGACGGUACCUCCGUCUCCAGUGUGCCACCAGCCUGCCACUUCAGCCAACAGUACUGUGAGAAACUCAGGAACCAGUAUGUGAAGAGGGCGGCCGCCAACCUCUCCUUCUCCGAGGAGGUGAAGUGGGAGCGGUCUCUGCGUUGCAUGCCUUUCAGCCAGUACAGUUUUGAGCACAUCUACAACACAGAUGGCAUCGUGGCACCUCGGCAGACCGGGAAGGACCACGCUGGGAAACCUGCGUACAAAAGGGCCCUGCACGCCUCGGCAGGAGACACCACCCACCUUCCAGAGACGCAAAGGUCUGCGGCUUCUAAAAAGCAGGAGAAACCAAAGCCGGAAGGACUGGACCAGAAAGCAUCUUCCCCACGACCCCGCUUUGUCCACGCGAAGUCAGAUAUGCUGGACCUGUCACCUUCUCCAGAUGAGAGUCUGCAAGAAAGGGAGACCUGGCUUCCGCCUGGUGAGAAAGAGGCUCGAGGCUGGGAGGCCAUCGUGCUGGAGAAGCUGGACAAGCGCACGGCGCGGUGGAUCCAGAACAAACGUCCACUGAGGCCCGGGCAAUCCCCCAACAAGUGGCAGGCCUUCCUGCGCCAGCAGUAUGACUGGAGCCACAUUCGGGAUGCGCUCACUUCAGAAAGCGACCUGGAACUCCUCAAAGAACUGGAGGCAGAAGAGAUAGCAGAGUUUGAGGGUGAAACUGUUGUCCUGCCGCCCAAAGAGAUAAAGAAGCCGGAGUUGCCGCUUCCGGUUUAUUACAGGUUACCUGGCUACUCCUCACAAGUACCGACGGGUGAAAUCCUGCCUGGCACCAACAGGACGAGUGAGGAAAUCCAAGAAAUGAGAAAGAGACUCCAGCAACCAGCUCAGACCCUCUUCCGGCAGGUGAACCCCAAGGCUGGAGAGUACGCUUACUCUACAGACAACACCUUCGAGCAGGAAAUUUACUUUGAUGGAGUGAAGAUUGUUCAUGAGAUUGGUGGGAAGAGAGACCAGAUUCUCCUGGAAAACCUCAAUCGAUACGAGAAGCACCUAACUCCAAUCUUCCCUGAAAGCCCAGAAAGGUGGAGUUUCCAGCCUGUUCCUGAAAUACCUUAUAAGCACAAGAAAGGAAUACAGCGCUGGACUGCGCGGCCCACUCAGGUCAACAGCCUUCUGCUUCAGGUGGGCGAGGAGGACAGGGAUGCCAAGAAGAGGAGAGUGAAGAAGAAAAUUGAACCCCUGAAGGAGGACGUGCCCUGGAAGCUGAAGGCCCUGCGGAAUAUGCUGCAGGAGUGGAAGACUUCAUGGGGACUCAUUAUUGAAUGGCAUCACGAGACAGUAGAGAACUUACUACGGGGCAUGGUAAACAUGUAUGAUGACAUUAGGAUCCAGGCCAUCGUCACAUGUGCUAGCGCUGCUGUAGAAAGGCCCCAGAUUGCCACCAACCAGGAAGGCUCAGAACCAGUUAUUCCGGAUUUACCAGAGGUCCUGCAGCAUGCUGUAGGGGCAGCUCUGUCUGACAGUAAUCCCAAUGUGAAGAUGGCAGCAGCAAUAUGCCAGUAUGCCCUACGGUCAAAUAAUCCCAUUGCCCAAGAAAUCAUGCAGACAGCCCUUAUGAAGGGUAACAGUGUGGACAGCUGGGCUGCAGCUCAGUGCUUGGCUCUGGAAGAUAUUGCCACCUACCCAGUGAUUAAGAGAAUCCUUCACCAGCUCUUUAACAAGAAGAAUAAGGCCAAUGAGGAACAGGCUUGCAUGCUCCUGAGUCAUCUUUGUGAAAAGACGCCGCUGAUCCACACCAUGCUUGCUGUCGAGCUCAACAGCAGGCAGUGGGAAGACCGAAUCAAGGCCUGCCGCACUUUCUCUCGGAUCGGUGGAAAGAUCUGCAUAAAUAUGAAACAGAAAAUAAUCGAGCUGCUGUGGAAAGACUGGAACAAGGAAGUGAGGAAAGCAGCUGCCUUAGCACUGGGGCGGAUGAACUUGGGGAAAGAGGUCCAUGACAUGAUCAGGACUAAGCUGAGUCAAGGAAAUUCCCAGGAGCGGAUUGAGGCCCUCUCCCUGAUCCGUGGGCUCAAGCUCAUGACAGCCAAGCUUCUCCCAAGCUUCCUGAGCUGCUUCUCUGAUGAGUUCAUAGUCAUUCGACAGGCAGCUUGCUUGGCAGCAGGUGCCCUGAAGAUCCGCAACAAGAUGGUGUUUGAAUGCCUCCUGGAUCUAAUGCACAGAGAUCCUUACUGGAAAAUCAAGGCUUUUGCCAUUCGAGCUUUGGGAGAGAUUGGACUAGUGAGCCCUGAGCUGAAAGACCUUCUGCUCUGGUCCAUCCACUACGAAGACUCCCCAGGCGUGCGACUGGAAGCCUGCCGCAGCAUCAUAGCCCUCAAGCUUGACGGAAAGCAGGUCAAGGACACCUUUCUAGAUGUGUUGCUCCUGGAGAGCCACGAGGCCGUUCUCAAGGAAAUUUACCAGGCAAUGUCGAUACUCAACUUAGAAAAUGAAGACAAUCAAGAAAUGCUUCAGGAGAUCAAGAACAGGAUUAAAACAUUAAACCAAAAGGACUUGCUGACAGAGAAAAUAUUCAAGAUGGAAACAGCCAUGGGAAAUGAGAAAAAAAAAGCUAGAUGGAUUUACUCAGAACCCAAAGAAGGCCAAAGACCACUGGAACUGGAAACUUUUCUUCAAGAAAUUUUUGAGAAUGAAGAGGUUCAUCCUAGAAGAAAGAGGUCUGAGGUUUGUGACACCGAAGCAAUACUAAAGUCUGUGAUGCCCCGAGUGCCACAUGCCUGGCUGCAGAGUCCUGUCAUAAAAUUCCACACAAACAAAAGUCGCUCACCGUAUUUCAAGGAUCUUCGGACUAUCCGGGAGAAAAGGAUUGAAAGAGGGCCCUUUGGAUCCGACUCCGAUCUCUAGCUGGACGAAUUCCUCAGAGAAGACUGUCAACACCAAGUCUUCUCUCCGCCCAUGUGGAGGAAGCUGCUCCUGUCUAGGCUGCCUGGCUCUCCUGCAGUAGACAGGCUGUGUUCUGUCUCUUCCACUGAACUGUCCAAUGUUCUCGCUAUGCUUACAAAGAUAAACUGUUUAUCAAC